AUGGGGAAGAAACAGCACAGCAAAGAUCGAAUGUACAUAACAAAAACAGAAUGGGCAACGGAAUGGGGCGGUGCCAAAUCCAAACAACUCCACACUCCUUUCAAACGUCUCCCUUUUUAUUGCUGCGCUCUUACGUUUACGCCGUUUGAGUAUCCAGUUUGCACAGAAGAUGGCAGCGUAUUUGAUUUAAUGUACAUAACUCCGUACAUAAGGAAGCAUGGGAAACAUCCGGUCACCGGAGCUCCGUUAGAGCAGGGUGAUCUUAUUCCACUCAAGUUCCAUAAGAAUUCAGAAGGAGAGUAUCAUUGCCCUGUUCUGAACAAAGUUUUUACUGAAUUUACACACAUAGUUGCUGUGAAGACUACUGGAAAUGUGUUCUGUUAUGAGGCAAUUAAAGAACUAAACAUUAAGACAAAGAACUGGAAGGAACUACUGACAGAUGAACCAUUUACUAAGGAAGACCUCAUAACAAUUCAGAAUCCGAAUGCCCUUGAUAGUAAGGUUACUCUUGAUUUUGAUCAUGUUAAAAAUGGUCUGAAAAUUGAUGACGAAGAGCUAAAGAAGAUGAGUUCAGAUCCAUCUUAUAAUAUAAACAUAUCUGGAGAUAUCAGGCAAAUGCUGGCAGAGCUCGGAACCGAGAAAGGAAGGCAAACUGCUCUUCAUGGAGGUGGAGGUAGCAAGGCACAGAAUGAAAGGGCUGCUGCUCUCACUGCCAUUUUGGCUGCAAGGUCACGCAUUAAAGAUGAAUCUGAAUCAACUUCAAACGGAGAGUCUAAACCCCCAAGAGCUUAUAGUGUUGUAGAUGCUGCAUCCGCUUCAGUUCAUGGAAGAAGUGCAGCUGCAGCUAAAGCUGCACCAGAUGAUAAAACUGCUGCUCGUAUAGCUAUGCACAUGGCUGGAGAGAGGGCACCUGUGAAUGCAAAAAUGGUAAAGAGCCGUUUUACAACUGGUGCUGCCGCACGAUCCUUCACUUCAACCUCGUUUGAUCCUGUCACAAAAAAUGAGUUUGAAUAUAUCAAAGUUGAGAAAAAUCCAAAGAAGAAAGGUUAUGUUCAACUGCAUACAACACAUGGAGAUCUGAACAUUGAGCUGCACUGUGAUGUAACUCCAAGGACAUGUGAGAACUUCAUCACUCUUUGUGAGCAAGGGUAUUAUAAUGGAGUGGCUUUUCAUAGAAGCAUUCGGAAUUUUAUGAUUCAAGGUGGUGAUCCUACUGGCACUGGGAAAGGAGGCCAAUCUAUAUGGGGUAAACCUUUCAAUGAUGAGCUGAACUCCAAGUUGCUCCACAGUGGAAGGGGUGUUGUCAGUAUGGCUAAUAGUGGGCCCCAUACCAAUGGUUCUCAGUUUUUCAUCCUUUACAAGUCUGCCAAUCAUUUGAACUUCAAACAUACAGUUUUUGGUGGAGUUGUUGGCGGCUUGACUACAUUGGCAGCAAUGGAAAAUGUUCCUGUUGACGAUGAUGACCGACCUCUGGAGGAGAUAAAGAUAACUAGUGUAACGGUAUUUGUCAAUCCUUACUCAGAACCUGAUGAAGAAGAGGAGCAAAAGAAGGCUAAAGAUGAGAAGGAUGCUGAGGAUGAAGAAAAUGACAAGGUUGGGUCAUGGUAUAGCAAUCCAGGUACAGGAACUUCCGAAAGUGGGACUGCUGUGGGUGGUGGUGGUGUUGGAAAGUACUUGAAAGCAAGAAAUGCUCAAACUGAACUCACUGCCGUCGACAAUGGUUCGUCAACAACUGGUGUGAAAAAGAAAAGGAAAGUGGGAGUUUCAACAGCGGAGUUUAAAGACUUCUCUGGCUGGUGA